AUGACAACAUACGAAGAAAUUAAAGAGAGAGAACAAAUGGCAGUAGGAGAGUAUAGAAAGGCGGAAAAGAAGUUAGAGGAGUGGGAGAAAGGGGAGAACGAUGGAGAGUUGCUGAAAAGGUUGAGGAUAAAGGCGAUAAGUGGAGAGCUUAGUGAAGGGGAAAAGGAGGAGAGGAAAUACUUAAUCGAAGAAGAGAAGAGGUUGAAGAAGAAUUUAGAUGAUAGGUUGAAGCAGGUAGAGGAGUUGCAGAAGGCGUUAGUGGGAUUUGAUAAAGAAGGAAAAAGAGGACAUGAUGAUGAAACAGAAACAGGGUACAAAAAGGUCAAACUUGAUGAAGAAUCACCUGAAAGAAUAGUUAAGCUUAUUGCAAAUUCUAAUGAUAAGCGAUAUAAUCCUUUAUGUGCUCUCCAGUCUGCACCAGGAGGAGGGAAAUCUUUUUUCCUUGAUGAAUUAGCAGCAUUGAAGUCUAAUGAUCUAAAUGGUUUUUUUCAACAAGAAAAUUAUAAAAAUGAUGAAGCCAAAACAUUUCGAGGGAUUCUUGAAAAUUCAAUUCCAAUAUGCAUCACUUACAACAGUGGAUCAUCAUCUGAUUAUGAAUAUGCGGAUAAAGAACCUGUGAGAGGUUUAGCAUUACGAAUACUUUGGAGUUACUUUUUUGAUGCUCAGAAAUUAUCAUGGAACUAA